GUCACCCUGUUAAUGGGCGAGGGAUCCGAACGAAAUUUUGACUCGCGAUCGUCGGCUGCAUGCCUGAGGAGAGUGCCCGACCUCAAAAUGGCUUCAAAUGAAGGAGCAAGCUUAGGUUUCAAGAUCUACAUCCUCUUAGUCCUGACCCUCAACGCCACGGGCUACAUCUUACUCAUCCGCUACACCCGGUCCCAGGCUGGCGCCCUGUACUCCUCCACCACCACCGUGGUCCUCACGGAGGUGUCCAAGCUCCUCAUCAGUCUCCUCCUGUUGGUCAAGGAGCAUCGCAGCGUGCUGGGCAUGCUCAAUGAUGUCUGGAAUGGCGUCUUCAUGAACCCUCGCGACACCUUCAAGAUGUGCGUGCCGUCCAUCAUCUACGCUAUUCAGAACAACCUGGCGUUCGUGGCGCUCUCCAAUCUGGAUGCUGCCACGUAUCAGGUUUCCUACCAGAUGAAGGUGAUCACCACGGCCAUGUUCAUGGUCCUCAUGCUCAAUAAGAGCCUGUCCAAGUUCCAGUGGCUGGCCAUCUUGCUGCUGUUCAUGGGCGUGGCACUGGUACAGGUGGAGUCGGCGACGGGAACAAAGGCAGGGGAGGCACACUACAACUACCCCGUGGGCUUGCUGUGCAUUGUCAUCUCGUGUUUAUGCUCUGGGUUUGCCGGUGUUUAUUUUGAGAAAGUUUUAAAAGGUACCAGUACAUCGCUAUGGAUACGGAAUGUCCAGAUGUACAUGUUUGGCAUCGUGAGUGGUCUGGUCGCCGUCUUUUCGACAGAUAGCGAGGUCAUCUUAGAAAAAGGCUUUCUGCAUGGCUAUAACUAUUUAGUGUGGUUAGUAGUUGCGAUGGCAAGCAUAGGCGGGCUCUACACCUCGGUCGUGGUCAAAUACACGGACAACAUCAUCAAGGGCUUCUCCACGGCAGUCUCCAUCGUUCUGGCCGCCGUGGGCUCCUUCCUCAUAUUCCAGAAGACGUUUGGACUCUUAUUUGUAAUGGGAACGGGGAUGGUGAUAUGCGCGGUGUACUUGUACAGUCUGCCCAAGCCCCCACCUCCUAAACCCCUCACGCAACCCAGGGAGACUGUUUAAGUGCAAUGCAUCAUACGCCAUGGAUAACAUUGUAUUUGUUUUUGUGUCAGACACUUGUCAGUAGACCUUUGCUUUGUCUGUAUUGGUCUGGUUCCAAGAAGGCAAGAUCAUUGUUCAAUACUGAAUCCUAUUUAUAGAUAAUGGUACCAGUCUACAUAUAUCUGCAAGCUUUAGGCUGCGUAUGGAUUACUUGGCUGCGGCUUCCUAUUUAUUCACAUGCACUAAUAGGAAGCGGCUGCAGCCACUACCCAUAGACCUUUGCUUUGUCUGUAUUGGUCUGGUUCCAAGAAGGCAAGAUCAUUGUUCAAUACUAAAUCCUAUUUAUAGAUAAUGGUACCAGUCUACAUAUAUCUGCAAGCUUUAGGCUGCGUAUGGACUACUUGGCUGCGGCUUCCUAUUUAUUCACAUGCACUAAUAGGAAGCGGCUGCAGCCACUACCCAUAGACCUUUGCUUUGUCUGUAUUGGUCUGGUUCCAAGAAGGCAAGAUCAUUGUUCAAUACUGAAUCCUAUUUAUAGAUAAUGGUACCAGUCUACAUAUAUCUACAAGGUUUAGGCUGUGUUUGAAUGACUAGGCUACGGCUUCCUAUUUAUUCACAUGCGCUAAUAGGAAGCGGCUGAAGCCACUUCCCAUAGACAUGUGCGUUACUGCUAGCCGUAGCCGAGUAAAUCGGACACAGGCUAAGUAUGGUCUACUUGACAUAUAUUGAACAGAGCAUUAAUGGCUGCAGCAUAUUUAAGACCUAAGUAAAGAGUGUUUAUAAAGUAUUUUUGAGUGGCAUUUCCGUGGUAGUGGUGCAUUCACGAAGCCUUUAUGGCUUGUGUGUCGUACAAGCUAAAAAAGAGGGAAAAUGCUGACUCUUGAUAGGGACGAAUUUGGGCACGUGAUGGCUGUACACUUGUAACAGGCCGAGCAGGCCGGGACGCGGCGCAUUGCCACAAAUUAAAAGAACAACCAAUUAAAACACUCCGUAAACCAGACAGACUUCAGGGGCGCCUCCCAGAUUUUAGUUUGAUAAUACACAAUAAAUUAAGUAACUAUUUCUAGAGACCAAUGAAAUCACAGUAUCUAAGCAGAGGAUAUAACAAAGGAAUUUAACAAAUGUAUGGAGCGUAAAUGCUGUGUUACACGUAGCGAACAGUAGUGUCUUUGUUGGAGGCCCCCUUCAAUGGAGAAACCAUUGUACACGCUAUUGAAGCGAUAGAAUACCCGGAUUGGUUUAUCACUCCAAAUAAUUGUUACAAAACAACUCUGUACAGUUCUCACGAUAUUGAAAUAGUAUUUUUUAUCGCUAACCGACUUGCACUCCUAAGCUUGGCCAGUACUCCAGUAGGGUGGAAAUCGAGAGUCGGGUCUAAUUUGUGUUGCAGUAUUGUGUAGGUGCUAGUCCAACCUCGUCUCCAUGGCUACGAUCUCGGUGCGCCAUGUUGGUUCCCAUCAUGCCUUGCGCGAUCUUAACCCCUGGUAUUCUGUAAUUUAAAUGUGCUAUAUUUGGGAGAUUUCAAUUAGGACUGCAGUCGCUUUCUAUUUUGAAGAUUAAAAUGUUUGGGAAUCAAUCCUUUCAAAGAUGACGUUUCGACGUCGCGUUACUAGAAUUUACAAUGUGCAUACCUCUGUCGUCCCUUUUACAAAACAAGACAAGGGUGUUU